AUGGCCAAAGUCUACACGACAGACCAUUCCACCUCAGUUAUACAAACCCACAGCUGGCGGACCCUUUCCAACUCAGCAAGCUACCUACUCCCCCACAUUCAACCAGACAUGCAAAUCCUAGACGUAGGCUGCGGACCGGGUAGCAUGACAGUUGACUUCGCCAAAAAGGUGCCUCGUGGGCAUGUAACAGGCAUAGAAUAUGUCCCUGAUCCCCUAGAAGGGGCCCGUGAGCUUGCCGCCCUGGAGGGUGUAUCCAACAUCGGCUUCCGGGUCGGCGACAUACAUGAUCUGCCUUUCCCGGAUAACACUUUCGACAUUGUGCACGCACAUCAGGUCAUACAGCAUAUCGCCGACCCAGUCCGUGCAUUCCAGGAGAUGCGGCGUGUGGUUAAGCAAGGCGGAGUCGUGGCGGUGCGUGAGUCUGCUUCGUUCACUUGGUAUCCUGAAUCGGAGGGGAUUACCGCAUGGCAUGAGCUCUUGGAACGCAUGCGGCGAGAAAAAAGCGGCAAUCCUGAGCCUGGAAGGCUUAUUCACACUUGGGCAAAGGAGGCGGGCUUUCCUACGGAGAAUAUCAGGAAAAGUGCUGGUUCAUGGUGUUUUAGCAGCCCUGAUGAACGGAAGUACUGGGGUGGCUCGAUGGAAGAGAGAACUCGGUCGUCUGGGUUUGCGGUCACGGCAAUUGAAGAAGGAUUUACGACUCAGGAAGUCUUGGAGAAAAUCGCCUUGGGGUGGAGGGCGUUUGUGGAGGAUGAGGAUGCGUGGUUUGGAGUGCUGCAUGGGGAAGUCUUGUGUUGGAAAUAA